AUGCAGGUUGAGCAAGUGACUAAGCCUAAAGAAAAGGAUGAAAUCAACCAAGAAAAAGAUAAACAAGUAGCUUCUUCAUCUGAGUGGAUCCCAAAGCAUGAAACUGCGAGAAGGGCAAGAAAGGAGAAGGUAAGUUGUGAACCUACUGAUGAAGAUAUCUUACGUGCUUCUUUUCCUCACAGGUUGAUGAGUUCCAAAAAAAUUCAACAUGCCAAGGACAUAUUGGAAACCUUCAGAAAAGUGCAAGUCAAUAUUCCCCUCCUGGAUGCAAUCAAACAAAUUCCGAGUUAUGCAAAGUUCUUGAAGGACCUUUGUACCAACAAGAGGAGAUUCCAAGAUCAUGAAACGGUUGCACUAACGGAAAAAGCUUCUGCUGUUUUGCAAAGGAAGCUCCUUCCCAAAUUAAAAGAUCCAGGAAGUUUUACAAUUCCUUGCAUUAUUUGUGAUAAAUUGUUUGAAAAAACUUUACUUGAUUUAGGUGCUUCAAUUAAUCUAAUGCCUUAUUCUGUUUUUGAAGCCCUUAAUUUAGGUGAUCUUAAACCAACUUCUGUCAGCAUUCAAUUGGUGGACCGAUCAGUGAGAUAUCCAAGAGGAAUCUUGGAAGAUGUACUUGUGAAAGUAAAUGAUCUCAUUUUACCAGCUGACUUUUUGGUGCUAGAAAUGGAAGAAGCUCCUAUUCCGGGUGCGGAUCUUCCAUUGAUUCUUGACUGCCCUUUCAUGGCCACUGCAGAUACUAGGAUCAAUGUUCGACAAGGAACAUUGACAAUGACAGUUGAAGGGGAAACAAUAAUGUUCAAUAUAUAUGAUGCCUUCAAACUACCAAAUGCUUGA